UAUCCCCGCAAUACCAGGCUGUGGCUAGCUGAACUGUCCGUUUGUUUAUCGCAGGUGCCAGUCGACUUGUGUCAAAUGCAGAAUGCUCCAGAAGAGAAAGUAGCUAAAUGGCCAAUGACUAGGACAUUUUCUCGGAUCCCUAAAACAGCCCGAGCUGUUUCGGACACUGUGGAAACUAUCGAGGCAGAACUAACGGGACGUAGCGUUGACGUGUUAGCCCGACAGGUACACCGCAUCUUGGAGAUUUGGAACGCUAGCUUCAUCGUGUGUGGUAGAGACAGCCUUUGGCGUUACAGUUCUCGAAACCAUUGACUUAGCUUUGUACGAAACCAGCAUAUAAGUACCCAAAUUAUCAAGUUUCAGCAACUUGACAUCUACAGUACCCCAGGAAACCUGCAGUCUCUGUUCCUCCUCCUCCAGCUCAUCUCUCUGGCCUCACAGUCUGAAUUCUGACAUGGCCUCAUCCCAGUCAGACCAGUCCAGAGUCCUGCAAGAGGAGCUUACCUGCCCGGUGUGUCUGGACUUGUACCGAGAUCCCCACUUACUUCCUUGUGGCCACAACUUCUGCAAGACCUGCCUCGAUUACCUAAAGCAGCAAGCUGAUCGAGAUCGCUUCCGCUGCCCAGAGUGCCGGGAGAGCCACAGGUGUGGCACCAAAUUUCAGAAAAACUUCAAACUAGCCAAUAUUGCUGAUGACUACCGCCAGCGGCGCAGAACUACCACUGGAGCUGUUACAGCUUUAAAAUCCACAGGGUUGCUGUCACCUUCUCUGGCAGCGCAGCAAGCCACAAGUGCAUUUCCUGUUCUGUGCGACUACUGCCCCACGGUCACCACUGAGGAAUCGGGCAUCAGCGUUGACAAGGGCAGGCCUUCUACUGGUCCUGUUUCUCAAGAGGGAAAUGAGAAGCAGGAAGCUGCUGCUACACCAAUGUUUGCAGUCAGGACGUGCCUGAAGUGCGAGGUGUCUAUGUGCCAGGAACAUGUAAAGCCACAUCUUGAGCUGCCGGCGUUCUAUGAACACCCCCUGACAGAACCAAUCAACAAUUUAUGGAAGAGGAAGUGCCCAAAUCAUGAUGAGAUAUACAGAUACUACUGCAUGGAUGACAAGGUGUAUGUGUGCCACGCCUGCACCAUAGAGGGAGAACAUCUGGGACACACAAUGAAGACCCUGAGAAACAUGAUGAAAGAUCUUAAGGGCACGCUGGACAAGCAGCUGUACAGAGUUGAAAGGAAGUACAGCACUGCGGAGAAGAAACUCCAGGAGCAGAAGGAGAAGGAGAGACAGAAUACGAAGUUCAUGGACGACUCGGAGCAGUGCUUGAACAGACUGGGUGAAGAGAUGAAGGCCAAAGUUCUCAGCUUUGUCACCAGAUUGCGACAGUGCACUCACGCUCACUGUGACACAAACGGGCUGGCAAUUGAGAAGAACCUCUCCAGGAUCUCUCAGGACCAGGCCCGUCUCCAGGAGGUCCGCCGUGGCACCGAGAGCCUCAUGCAGGAAAACGACCCUUUCCGCUUCAUCGAGGCAUAUAAGACAACAGGAAAACAGUGUCGUCGGCAGCUAAGAAAGAACAUGUACUACCCAGAGUACGUAGACAUGGACUCAGAGGUUCUUGUAACAAUGAUGAACGAAGAAAUGAGAACAUUCCUUAAUGAGGAGCUACAUUGUCACAUUAGUGAUGCCAUUAAUUCACUGUGUCAUCUCUCAGAUUGUGAGGAGGAGCAGGAGGAGAAUGACGAAGAGACUGUGGAGCAGGACGAUGAGGACGAUGACGAUGACCUCUAUGACAGCAGCGAAGAAGAAAUGAGGAGUGAGGGGGAGGAGGAAGAAGAUGAAGAUGAGGAUGAGGAUGAGGAAGGACUUGACCAGACUGAGCUGGCUGAUGAUCUUUACAGCCCAGGGGAGGAAGAGGACGAGGAAGGUGAAGAGGAAGAAGACAACGGAGAAGAAGAGGAAGAAGACAGUGGAGAAGAGGAUGAGGAAGAGAGGGGCGUUUAACGAGGACUUUUGUAUACAUAUAUUUUUACACCUUUUUGAAGCACUUUAAAUUUGAUCCUAACCUCUGGAUGAAUUCAGCAGAAGGUUCUGAUGUCUGUUGUAGUGUUGCACCCAUCUUCUCUUUAAAUGUCCAAGGUGCAGUACAGGACUCGAGCAGCUGCCACGCUUUUCCUCAGUCAGUCAGACAUACCGGAGGAUGGCAGCUUUGAUUAUGGAAGUAAGUCCCCACCAAAAUGUUUGAAUGUGCACAAGUCACAUCUUAGGUGCUACUCACUUUGUACCUCAGAAUUUGAGAGCGUGCAGGCACAGAUUUGUAAGUGCAGAGGCAGAUUUGAGAGUGUAAUCCCGGCCAUGCAUGGACAUGUUUCUGAGUCUGCACACAGAUUUCUUCACUGGGUUUUGUGUGAAAAUAUGUUGUUGGCAAAAGGUUUGAAAGUGGACAAAAGAGGUUUCCUGCACAAUUCACUUUGCAAAUCACCACGCAGUCAUGAAUUUUUAAGACCAGAGUCAGAUCUGAGAAGACAGAAUCAUGAGCGCAACAUUAUUUGAGUGAGCAGCAGGGAUCGUCCCUUGCUCUCAAACCUGAUUCUAUUCUUGCAAAUCCAUGCCCACGUGUUCUUACAUUCUGACUUUCAAAGUAAGCAGCUCUUGAAACUUGUUUUGUGCCUUUUCAAAACCUUUGAUUCCAGAACCGGCCUCGGUAUCUGGGGAAAUUUCAACUGUCAAGGUGCAUGAAUACAGGAAAAACAAAUUGUUAAAGGCACACAACAACAAAGAGUCUUGUAUUUAA